AUGGGUCAUCGUAAAUUGCCUUUAGAGCUUAUCCCCAAUGAGAAAGCACGUAGGAUCACCUACGAGAAGAGGAAGAAUAGCAUAAUGAAGAAGGCCCAAGAGUUCACCACCCUAUGUGGUGUCGACACAUGCAUGAUUAUUUACAGUCCCGAGGGAUCCGCCACCAGUGCCAAUGAACCCAAGGGGGCGGACCGCCGUGCCAAGAAGACAGUCGGGUUGCCCGACUUCUUCGUGAAUCGGAAGAGGAAGGUCGACACCGAGCUCGCCAAGGCCCGACUGGCCAAAUGGAAGGCCGAGUACCCGAUCUUGGAGGCGUUGAUUGAGGGCCUAUCCAAAGAGGACCUAGAGAGGCUAUUGGGCUCUCUGGGGCACAAGCUCGAGGCGGCCAAGGUGAGGCUGGCCAUACUGGAAGAGGAUGCAAUGAGGAGAUCAUUGAGCCGCACAAAUGAUCAUCACGCACAUGUAAAUGAUCAUAUGCAUCAUCAUCAUCACAUGGACGCCUCGUUUCAAGAUGACUGCCAUUUUGGUGAUGUCCCUCCUGGACAAGACUUUCAUUUCGCCACCCCGGAGGGGACGAUACUUUUGGAGACAUCGUCGUAUGGCCCCAUCAUGGGCAACAUGCCACUGGAAGGCACUCCGAGCUUUGGGACGUGCUAUGACGAGCUGAUGGUCCAACCAGCCUCGCUCCUCGUGCCGCUCUCGGUGAUGCAGGCUUCGUCAUGA